GUUCGUACCCCAUAUAGGUGGGCGGUAAUCCAUCUCUCACACCAGUCAGACCAGCAGGCAGGGCAGGAGCAGGAAGAGAGCUCUCGUGGAGAAGGGGAGUCGGUGAUGCUGGGCCUGGAGAGGAGAUGGCUGGCAAUCGAUUAGGUUCAUUCAAGAGCGCGCGUGGUUCCAAAGACAGUCGCAAGAGACAACGAUCUGGCGCGAUGGUGGCCGGGGCGGUCUCUCUAAUCUUGGCGCUGGCCUUCCUGCCGAUCAUCCUGACCGGACCCGCGGAUCCCGCCACGCCGCUGCCGCCGAUGCCUGUGACACUACCAGAUGACCUUGACAGCGGCGGCACCGUCGCCGACCUCGGCAGAGAAAAGCCCGCACCAGCAGCAGCAUCGGCGUCGGGCGUCGCCCGUAGAGUAGAACUCGCCGCCGCCGGAGUAGCAGGCCGCGGCGGCAGCAGCAGCAGCAGCAGCAGCAGCAGCAGCAGCGGAGGCUACUCAGACAUCCAUGAGUCCCGACAAGGGUUCGAUGGACAGCAGAGUUGGAGGAGGGAGCAGGAGGAGGGGUGGGGUGGGGGGUGGGCGGGGGGAGGAGAUUCGGCUGUGCCGGAGGACCUCUCCGCCGGGCGCGCUGCGGGGGGGGGAGCAAUGGGUGUUGUAGCGGAAGGGGAAGGGGGAAAGUUGAGGGACGGGAGAAAUCGCUGCUUCGUGGGGGCGGAGGGAGUCCACCGGUGCUACCCCACCGUGUUCUUUUUCGGGACGUCUAAGUGCGGGACGACGUCUCUCGCGAGAUGGCUGGACUACCACCCCGCCACGCACUGGGUGGCCAACCCCCGCAGGCCGCACCAGAUCGAGGAGACCGGGGUGAAGGAGGCGCACGUGUUCGACGAUCCUCCCAAGGGCGACCAGGCGUUCGAGGAGGGAAUGCAUCACGAAAAAUUGUUCAUCACGACGCCCAAGUCGGACGCGGAAGACGUUGUCAUCGACUACACGCCUCAUUAUAUCGCGGUGGCGGAGGCCCCCCACCGUAUCGCGGACAUCUACGGGGGCAGAGAGUCCGGGCUGAAGUUUAUCGUGACGCUUAGGGAGCCGGUGGGCCGGGCCAUCAGCUCCUGGGAGUUCAAGAACGAAUACAACCCGAAGAAAGGACGCCGAGAGGAGUCGCGAUCUCUGGCCAAGACAAUUGAGGAAGGGGGGCGACGCGCGAUGAAGCUUCACGCCUGCCUAGCCCUCGCCAAGUCCAAGGCUGUCAGCCCCCGGGAUCGCGACUUGAAGCUCUGCAACCCCCGCAACUUUUUGGAGGUCCCUCUGUACGUUUCGCAUGUCGGCAAGAGCAUGUACGCCUUGCAGCUAGAGCGGUGGUUUGACCUCUUCGGCCGAGAGAACUUUAAGGUUGUGUUCACGGAUGACAUGGCUGUCGACCCCGUGGGAGUUCUCGAGGACGUGCUACACUUCCUGGGGCUGGAGCUCACGAGCGAGGAUGAGUCCAAGGGAUUGCCGGACAUGAAGAGGUGGAAAAAGAUCACUGGAAUGGCGUACAACAAGACCAAGUCUAAGAAGAAGGACGAGCUGGGUGCCCAGGUAACGGACGAGGUGGAGGAGGGGCUGCGGAAGUUCUUUGAGCCCCACAACGAAGCCCUCGAGGAGCUCCUAGGCCAACCGCUCCCAGAAGCAUGGGGCUCGUGAACCAGUGGGAAUGGACGGCGUACAGCUAGCUAGAUACAAGUCGAGUUCAAGGGGGGGGGUGCUCAUGGCCGUGCAUGCCGUAGUCUUUGGAGCAUUGACAUCGCAUCCCUACUGUACACUGCCCGGGAUGGAGCACGCUGGGUUCUCACCGGACCAGGCUCUCACGUCACCAAGCGCGAAGCGUCGUGAGGUGUUCGUCGAGUCGCAUGGAUAGCUAGAGCUGCAUCCUGCAGGGGGGGGGGGGGGNGGGGGGGGGGGGGGGGGGGGGGGGGGGGGGGGGGGGGUGUUCGUGCGAUCCUUGCGACGCAAACAGCUGCCAACAACAAUACCAGCGGGUUGGUGGGGGGGGUACUCUGGUGCCCCAGAAGAGCGUUCGUUGCCUCUUGAAUUCGCAAGCGGAACUGGUGCCGUCGUGUUCACGUGUUCUCAGCGUUGGUGGGGCGUGUCGUAGGCAUAGAAUGCGGGGGCAAGAGGGAACGGAACAUGCCGAGGACGCGUGAAGCGGGGAAUAAGGUAUUGUUGUACAAUGACAAUGUAAAUGUUGUGUUUUCUCUCUUAGCCUGUGCGCAAUGUCCGAACAUUGCGGGAACACGGCAUGUUCGCUAAAUAGGGAGUCCUGCGGGUCAGACAGCGCCCCCGCCGAUCGGGUUGCCUUGGCCCGCGAGAGACCGGGGGGGAGGGGGGGGAGUCACUGCACUGGAACCGUGCGGCGAAGCCUUGAUGGCCGUGUCUUUUUUUCGGAGACCGGACACGGCGUCGGCGGCGAAGAAGCAGCGGGAAGCCAUUUUCGAGCUCUUGGAUUCUAUUCUACUGCUGUAUACCGACGUUCGGAACACAACACAGAGUAAUAACUUGCACAGCCGUUCAAAGCAAGUUGUUAAGUUUGAUGUCUGUCUGUUUCCACCGAUAUCUGGGUGUCGGUUCCAGGCAUCUACUAUUAUGUGGUGUUUUCUAGACGAUUGUUAGUUGUAGCGUGCCGUUGCUUCUCCUGUUUUGGAAAUGGAGGUCUGGAAGUAUGAGUGAGGCCGUCGGGCGCCAAUGAGCCGGUAGGAUGGGGUUGAUACCCGGCACGGCAAGGGGGGGUGGGGUGGGAGUUGUUCGGGUAGUGUAGAUUAAUGUUCUUCAUUUUAGCCUUUCGUGUGUUUGUUGCUCUUUUUGGUGGGUCGGCACUCUUGUUGGUACAGUAUCACCAUGUGCGCCGACUGCUGUUGUAGGUUACUACGUGUUUGUGCUGCCGUUUGUUGUUCUAUGGAUGAAUACAUACAACUCAGUCUGUUCGACCACGUUGUUGUUAGUCGCGGAGAGGUUAAAACACAACCAACCCCACGAGGAACGGAACUUGCUUGCAACUUGCAACUCCAUUUCGUAGAUCCUGUUCUUGGUGGCGACGUAGUAAGCAUGAAACAUCGACCCGAAAUGAUUUCCUUGC